UUCCGGCUUUUGCUUGGUGGGCGUGUUUAGGGAAGUUGCGGCUGCAGAAGUGGCAAUGCGGGCGGUCGGCGUGGGACUGGUAGAUUGUCACUGCCACCUUUCCGCUUCGGACUUCGACAGCGAUCUGGAUGAUGUAUUAGAAAAAGCCAAAAAGGCCAAUGUUAUGGCCCUUGUGGCAGUUGCUGAACAUUCAGGAGAAUUUGAAAAGAUUAUACAACUUUCAGAAAGAUACAGUGGAUUUAUCCUGCCAUGCUUGGGUAUUCACCCAGUUCAAGGACUUUCACCAGAAGAUCAAAGAAGUGUUACAUUAAAGGAUUUGGAUUUAGCUUUGCCUAUCAUUGAGAAAUAUAAGGAUCGGUUGUUGGCAAUUGGAGAGGUUGGACUAGAUUUCUCUCCCAGAUUUGCUAACACUGAUAAGCAGAAGGAAGAGCAAAGACAAGUCCUAAUCAGACAGGUCCAAUUAGCCAAAAGACUAAAUUUGCCUCUAAACGUUCACUCACGCUCAGCUGGAAGACCAACCAUCAGCCUCUUACAGGAACAAGGUGCUGACAAGGUAUUGCUGCAUGCAUUUGAUGGUCGGCCAUCUGUAGCCAUGGAAGGAGUAAGAGCUGGGUGGUACUUCUCCAUUCCACCUUCUAUCAUAAGAAGUAAACAGAAGCAGAAACUUGUGAAACAGUUGCCUUUAACUUCUAUCUGCUUAGAAACAGAUUCACCUGUGCUAGGACCCGAAAAACAGGAGGAGUGGCAGUGUCUGAAUCCCGAACAGAGACGUCUGUACCAGGAGGUGACCUUGGAGAACUACAGCAACCUGGUCUUCCUGGCAGGCCGAGAAGAAACCACCCCACCGGACGUGAUCCUAAGGCUGGAGCGAGGCCAGGAGCCGUGGCCGGCGGAGGCCGGGGUGCAGAGCCCUAGCGCAGAAAAAGCCUGGAACGUUGAGGGGCAGGUUUGCAGGCCAUGGGCUGUGGUGAGAAAUCCCCAGAGAGAAGCUGCGUCGGUGGACACACAAGUGCUGACCAGGAGCAGGCGGAGAGGCACCCCACACCAGGAGAUGGUUGCACUGAGCCUAGAGGAGGUUCUCUCAAGACGCAGGCUCCGAGACCGAGACCCGUGUGGAACGCACUUAAAACAUCGUUCAGAUACGAAAGACGAGAAUAGUUCACAUAAAUGUAAUAGAUGUGGGAAAUCAAUUGGCCACAAACCCUUCAAAGGUGUGGAGAAGCAUUUUGAAUGCAACGCCUGUAGAGAGUCCUUGAGCGCAAAGUCGGGCCUUCAGGGUCGCCUCGGGGUGCCUGGUGCGGAGGGGUCCCUCGCGGGCGGCCAGUGUGGCAGCGUGUUCGGGGAGCGACGCCGGCUGCGCACGCAGCAGAAGACGCACGCCCCGGAGAAGCCGCACCAGUGCUCCGAGUGCGGCAAGGCCUACAAGCAGAAGCCGAACCUGGUCCAGCACCAGCGGACGCAUGCCCAGGAGAAGCCCUACGCCUGCAGGGUCUGUGGCAAGGCCUUCUCCUGGAAAUCCGCCCGCACCAAUCACGAGAAGAUCCACAGCGACGAGAAGGCCUACGGCUGCGGCCAGUGCGGCAAGUCCUUCAAGCUCAAGUCGGCCCUCGCCCAGCACCAGAAGGUCCACACGGGGCAGAGGCCCCACGGCUGCACGGACUGCGCCAAGGCCUUCGUGUUCAAGUCGGACCUGCUGAGACACCGCCGGAUGCACACUGGGGAGAAGCCCUACCGGUGCCGCGUGUGCGGCAGGGCCUUUGCCCAGAAGUCCAACGUGGUCGACCACGAGAAGAUCCACGCCGGAGCGCGGGCCUUCGCGUGCAAGGAGUGUGGCAGCACCUUCAACCAGAAGAAGAACCUCCUGCAGCACCGGGGGAUCCACACCGGGCAGAAGCCCCACCAGUGCGACAGGUGCGGGAAGGCCUUCCUGCAGAAGUUCAACCUCCUCACGCACAGGAAGACCCACAGCGGCGAGAAGGCCUUCCGCUGCGCCGAGUGCGGGAAGGCCUUCAGCCGCAAGCUGGGCCUCGGCCUGCACCGGAAGACGCACACCGGGCGCAAGCCCCACGUGUGCGCCCAGUGCGGGAAGGCGUUCGCAGAUGCCUCCUACCUCGUGAAGCACCAGAGGCGGGUUCACCCCAGGGCGGAGCCCGGGGCACAGUGAGCACACUGGCAGGCAGGUCACCUGGGCCGCACCCAGAAGCUCGCCCCAGAUGGCCCGCAGCCCAAAGGCCAUCGCGGGGGGCAGUGAGGACAUCUGCCUCUCCUUGGAAACACAUCUGGCUUAUGCACUCAGCGGAUUUUGCUUGUUAGUUGUUUUUUGUUUAUUUGUUUUAUUUUAUUUGGUACUGGGGAUUUAACCCAGGGGCACUUAACCACUGAGCCACACUCCCGGCCCUAUUUUAUUUUGAGAUGAGGUCUCUGUGGGUUACUCAGGGCCAAGUUGCUGAGGCAGGCCUUGAGCUUGAUCCUCCUGCCUCAGCCUGCUGAGCUGUUGAGAUUACAGGGGUGCACACCACACCCGCCGCUCAGCGCACAUUUAUUAAGGGCAAUUUUUUGUAACGAACUCUUGCAAAUACUGAAUAUACAACAAUAAUCAGAAUGUGACAAAACCCUUCAUGACCAGUGAGUAACGGCCAGUGCUGUCCAUUCCUCUAAAACUUAGACACUUUCACUGUGGAGAAUGUAGGAGAUGGUCAUGUCAGAGAUCGCCAGGCUCACACAUGUCAUCUGGAGAUCUUCUGUUAAGUGAACAAAACAAACUUAGAAACCCAGGCGAGAGAUCGCCCCUUUAAGCACAGAGGUUGGGAAAGGAAGAGGAAGAAAUCUGCUCUCGGCCUCCACCCCUCCCUGCCUCCCUCGGCAACCUUUCUCACUAGAUGGGCAGAAGGAAAACCCUGAGCUUCCCAUUUCCUGGAAUCCAUCUGUCACAGUGAGGCAGGAAAAGGUGUUCAAAGGGGCAGACAGGAAACCUGGGCUCCUUCGGGGUCAGGUCUCUGCCACAGGGCUGAGGAUCUGGGCACAGACCAGGUCGACUCCUGCGCAACCAGAGGGAAGAAAGUAACUGGUAGCGAGAGAUCCACUGCCUGGGUACCCAGACCCCACCACGAGAAGCAGGUGUGCACAGAGCACAUGAAGAACUGGAGGACACUGGGUGCCAUACCCAGGAUGGGACAGGGGCCAGCUCCCGUAACCCUGUGGGUCCAUGCACACCCCUGGACAGCAGCCACUCUGGGACCCCUCUGGGGAUCCCUCCGCGUGGGGAGCACCGCUUGCCUGACUUCUGUUGCUCUAAUAAAUCCUGCCACUGCUCUCAAAAAAAAAAAAAAAAAACUUGAGUGUCUGGAGUCAGCAAGAUUUGAUUCAAAUUUUGUCUCUGUGAC